UGGAUAUCGGAUACCGAUGUUUUAACGUUGCACCAGAUAGUUACAAGUGUGUCAGGUCAAAGUGAAAGAGGUCAGAAUUAUUUCAUAAGACAAGCAUGACUCGCCAUUCAGACGAAUGAUUUGCUUCAGCAGCGCCUGAAUAUCCAGUGAUAUAACCUCGUCUUCUGCAAAAAUAUUUCCAUCUUUACAAAAUGGAAACAUUAAAAGUUGGAAUCCUUGAGAUUCAAGGCGCAUUCCUCGAGCAUAAGAUAUCCCUCCUGGCUGCUGCUAAGGAACUAUCAGAUGACGUCACAGUUGACGUCAUCGGUGUCCGGAAUGUGUCACACAUUACGUCAGACAUGGUUGGCUUGAUUAUUCCCGGAGGUGAAAGCACAGCCAUAAGUUUAUUUCUGAGAAGAAACGACAUGGAGCAGCCCCUGAAGGAUUGGGUUAAGGACAAGCAUCACGUGACUUGGGGAACAUGCGCAGGGAUGAUUCUGUUGUCCAAGGUUACGGAGAACCAAAAGAAGGGAGGUCAAUAUUCGUUGGAGGCCCUUGACGUAGUGGUAUCACGAAACUACUUCGGGAGACAAGUCAACAGCUUCGAAGGAGAUCUGAACAUCACCGACCCGGAACUACUUUCAAUGCAAACCGGAAACGAACCAUUUCGUAGUGUAUUCAUACGAGCUCCUGCUAUCAGCAGAACAACUGACCCGAGUGUCAAGAUCCUGGCCAGUGCGUCUACCGAAGACAAACCAGAAGCAGCUAUUGUGGGUUGUCGUCAGGGGAAUAUUCUUGCAACGGCAUUUCAUCCGGAACUUACCGAAGACACCCGAUGGCAUCUAUAUUUUCUUCGAAUGAUUCAACGUAGAUGACUGCAGAUGAGAAGACGAACGCUACUUCUUGUUAUGUGAAGUCCUCGUCAAGCAAAUACCGUGCAGGAUAAUGUAUAAUACUAUGUAUGCCUGUAUAUGUAAAAUUAGCCCUUUGAUUGAAUUCUGCAGGGGCAGGUACUGCAUUGAAUUGGAUAUUCAGUAUGACAUUCAGAUAUGUUACACCAUAUAUAUGGUCAAAUAUUAUUUUUCAAUUCGAAAUCAAAGCAUUUCGUUUCCUAGAUAUUGUAAAACUGUGGUUCUAAUGUUUCAUGAAUAAAGUUCAAAAUCCAGUGAA